UUUAGCGGCGGCGGCGCCGGGGCUGGCGAUGAGCGGCUCGAAGCCCAGGGUGGCGGCCCCGGGAGGCUCGGGGCCAUUAAGCCGGCUGCGCGGGCGGAGCGGCUCCGGGGACGCUGCUGUGGCGCCGCCGCCGCCGUUGCCACCGAUGCGAGCGGUCCUACCCCGGACCGAGGCAGAGCUGCUGGCGGUGGAUGUGGUCCGGCCCGAUCACGUCCUGGGGCUCGGCCGCGUCACGGAGAAUUAUUUGUGCAAGCCUGAAGACAACAUCUAUAAUAUUGACUUCACCAAGUUCAAGAUUCGGGACCUAGAAACAGGGACAGUGCUGUUUGAAAUUGCCAAACCUUCUGCUUUAGAACAAGAAGAUGAGGACGAUGAUGACAGCGGAGAGGCUGACUCCAGCGCAGGGCGGUUCGUUCGCUACCAGUUCACUCCUGCCUUUCUGCGCCUCCGGACAGUUGGUGCAACUGUUGAAUUCACAGUGGGAGACAAGCCAGUAUCAAACUUCCGCAUGAUUGAGAGACAUUACUUCAGAGACUGCCUUCUCAAGAACUUUGACUUUGAUUUCGGCUUCUGCAUCCCAAACAGCAGGAACACUUGUGAACACAUCUAUGAGUUCCCCCAGCUUUCAGAGGACCUUAUCCGCCUGAUGGUUGAAAACCCCUAUGAGACCCGCUCAGACAGCUUCUACUUUGUGGACAACAAGCUGAUCAUGCACAAUAAGGCUGAUUAUGCUUACAAUGGAGGGCAGUAGCUGCCACAAUUGCAUCCUUCAGACUGUAGUACUCCUAGCUAUUCUGGAUGCACAGAAGGACAGCAGAAGAGCCGGUUCCUACUCGGUUGCAUCCCGUGGGACAUCCUGCAAGACUCAAGAUGUGAAAUGAAGGGGGACCUGAUACGACAGUAAAAGAGCUCUGCUUGCAACUCUGCCCUUCCCAGCAAUGUUACUUCCUUGGCCUGUUUGGUUUCCAGUGUUACUUUAGUCAGGUAACAGGUCAGGGUAAGUGUUAACUGUCACUGGACAGACUUGGCCGGUAUUUCUUGUGUAUUCUCCCCCUCCCUCCCGAAAAGACCAAUUUCUGUUCAGAGACCAUGGGCAAGAUUCUGCAGUGUUAGACUGUUGCCUUUUCCAGGUACUGAAAGUUAGAUAGUAUUUUUCCCUUCAAAGGGAGCGGGUGAAUAACUGGGAGCACCAGUGGUUCAGUCUAUAUAUGUGAUUGUGACUGCCUCACAACAUUUCUCAAAGACACAGUUAGGAUAGGCACUUAAAAUGAGUUAUUCCAGAUUCAAAAGGUGCAGGACUCUUAUUUCAGAUGUUGUGGCCUUGCAUUUCCUAAGGGCACUUUUUGUGCACCUGCUUGCAAAGAGGAUACCUAAAAUCUGUGUGGUAUAGUGGUUAGAGUGCCAGACUAGAUGGGACCCAGGUUCCAUUCUGCCAUGAAGUUCAUCAGGAGACUUUGGGCCAGUCUCUCUGUUUCAGCCUAACCUACCUCACAGGGUUCUUGUGAAGAUAAAGGUAUGGGGAGGAGAUAGGACACACCAUGCUUGCUACUCGAGCUCUUGGCAGAAAGGAGAGGAUGAAAAUCAGAUAGGUAAAAUGAUUAACAAUUUGGUAAAUUGUCCCAUAAAAUCCGUGCUGAGAGAAAAAGGGCCUUUUGUGUUCAGUAAAUGGGAGGAGGCAGAGCUAAGCAUUGCCACCUCCCCCAGCUUCUUAUUCCCAUAGGACACUUUGGUUCUUUCCUUGGAGGAUGUGUGAAAUGAGGCGGGUAAGGAAUCAGUUAUCAGGACCUAGGAGCUGCCUGAUGAACAUGCCAAGAGUCCUUGCUGGGCUUUGUCCUUUAUCCACUGAGAAGGUAACAAUUCCUGAAAAAGUAUUAUCAUAAUGAAUGGGGAUGUUAAAUCAGCCUGUAUUUACAUUGACCAGUGCUUCAGUUUGCUAUGAAGUGAAAAGCAAGAAAUGAAGGGAUUCCCCCCGCCCCUCACCAACAAAAACCUCUGACAGUUUUGAGUUUCUACCUGGGCUUUCCCUGCUUGGUUGGCUCAGUUUACAAUUUAGUAAAUUGAUUAGUGUUUUGCUGUUCGGGCUGCAGCUCAUCCUAUACAUUAGACUCACAUAGCUUAUAGGCUGUCAUAACAACCCAAGUGAUGAGUCCCUGGCUCUGGUGAGAGGGGUGCAUGUCUUGGCCUAUGAGACAAGAACCUGCUUUUCUAUCUGUGACUACCUACCAUUAUCAUUCUCCUUGUCUUCUCUUCCCCACCCCAUCCCAUUAUUGCCUUGCUUCAAAACAAAGUUGGUAUUUCUUUUGCCAGAGGAAAAGCUGUGUGUUGGGGUAUGCCAUUUUUAAAAGCUCUCCAUUCGGUGCUAAUAGACCUGUGUGCUGAUCUGUUUAAAAGACAAUUUAAGUAAAAUCAGAUGACCUUAGAACUGUUGUGGGCACCUGAACUUGUCCCUUUGUAGGGAUAUUCCCUUGUUUGGUGGCAGUAAACCCCUGCUAGGAUGUUGACAAUCCAGAAAUGGGACGCCAGGGGGCAAUGGAGUGGCUACUGAAGAAGGCACAGGUUGGCAAUUGCUUGCUUUCAUAUUUAAAAUAUAAGAUGUUUUGAGCUACCCAAACCUAUGAAAUUUAGUGGGCUGUAAUAAAGGUGAGUAGGACAAACUUUGAAAUACUUUAAGUAUCUGCUUCAGAUACUUAAAAAAACCUGAAUACUGAAGAGUACAUUUCAUGUACAGUUUCUUCCAAAAAACACUGGUAAUUCAAACAUUGGUUGUCUUGAAUGUCUCUUCCAGCUCAUCAGUUGUCUCCUGAAUUAUACUAAUUUUGCUGCAGUCUGCCUGAUGUUUUUCACGGAAGGGUGCCUUUUUCUCCCUGUAUCUAAGGCCACAUAUCAGAGGAACCAUUCUUAUCCCUCAGAACAUGGCGAAAGUCCCUGAGUCAAUGUGGUUAAACACCUGGUGCCUUUAAACAUAAUUUGUAUUGCUGAGGCUUGUACAUAUAGUGGAUCCAUCCACUUCCCUUUGCAUUAAUCCUGAGUGCAGUCAGAAGGGUUAUAUAAUAAUCUGACUUCCAGUUAGGUACUAUAGACAGUAAAGUCUCAGAAGGGAAGUGUAUGUCAGUGACUUGCUCCCUGUCUGUACUGUGUUAUCUGUUCUCAUGAAAGCCUAUGCUCCCGUUCCUGCCCCCCGGCCCCAUUUUACUGCUCUCUGCGUGCCUUGUCUGAGAAUAAGCUACCACCUCAGCAAUAACAAACAGAAGGGCUGGAGGGGAGGAGAGGAGAGUGCCAGCUUGGUGGAUGCCAACAGUGGUCUGCUGUUUUACUGGGCCAAAUGUUGAAAGAGAAGGAUGCUGGAAGAUACAGCAUGCCCAAAUGUGCCACUUAGCACUGUCUGGGACACUUUCUGAAAAAGGGCCAUCCUCAGUUCACAUGAUGUCCUGCUAUUGGCUAAUGGUCAGCUUGUGUGUUUGUUUUUCUUUUGUUGCCCUUGAGACAAACUCCCCAGAACAUAUCUGUUGAGGUUGGUAGGGCUGUUGUGGAAACUUGUAUUCCCUCCAAGAGGGCUGUCAUUUUGCUGCAAUAACUGCAUUCUUGGAUUGCUUGCUAAAGAGUUAAGGGGUAUGCUUUUGCUAUGUUGACUAAGGAGGAAGAAAAUAUAGCCUCCAUCCAAAGAACAGGACACUUAAGCAUUUACUUUGAAUUAAUGGGCCAAUCACGCAAGCAGCUACAGAUCCUUCAAUAUUUACCAUGUUAAAACUAGCUUAAUACUUCCUACCGAUAGAGGUAUUUGUUAUGGUAUCUGGUGCUCUAGGCCUGCCUAGUGAAUAUGGACCAAAGUGUUAGUCUCCCUAACUUAGAGUUUUCAUCUUCUGUUUGUGUGGUUCCUUCUCAUCCUUGUGAAGGAUAAAGGGAGGAGGGUGGUAUUUGUUGUGUAUCUUGAACUGGAAUGCAAAUUUGCUUCCUCCAGCAAUAAUACAGACAACACUUGGAAGCAGGAAACAUUAGCAGGAAUUAAUUGGAGAGGCACUGACUGGUAGGUGGUAGAUUAUAAUAGUCAGAGUAUCAUGUUUACUAUCAAGUAUCUGCCCUGGAGCAUCAAACUGUUAGGCUGGGUGUUGUUCUCAUGAUGUUUUUGGCAAAGACUGCUAUUUCCAUGUUCUUAUUCUCAUAGUUGGAUGCCAUUCAGCUCUGCAUAUCCCAAGUGCUGGAUGCAGUCCUUAGAGUAAUAAACCACAUUCUCCACCACUCUAAUAAAGGAGAACUAGUAAUAAGGGGACAGCUAUGUUCUAUUAGCAGUUCCCAUUUGAGAAGCACCAGCAAAUGUCAUAGUCAGUUGUAUGGACCUCUUUUGUUUUUAUUACGAGUAUCUUAAAAGCACGUCAGACUCAGGCAAGGUAUUAAUAUGUUUCUCAGUGCCACUAUUUUUGGGGGGGCUUGCUUGUGAUGACAAUGCUUGACUGGUUAUACAGGACUAUGUGAUCAAAUUACCAGCAAGGGGGUAGAGGACCAGUUGCCGUGCUAUCAGAAUGGAGCCCCAGCACAGCUUUAUGGCUCUGAAUUGGAUAUGGAAACAAUUCCCCACUUGUCUCCUCUUGCAACUAGCUUUUUGUUAUAUGGUGGUCUUUGACGGAGAGUAUGCCCAUGUCUUGGUCUUUGAUUUCUCUAUGUCUGCAGCCCACAAAAGUUGUUACCUUCACAUGUAGGAAGAACAGUACCAAGUCCAGAAGACUUCUCCCAAGUAUAUUUUUAUGUCAAGAUAUUUUUCCACAAAGAAUGGCAUAAAUGUCAAUUAAACUGUCUGUGGUUCCCCACUCCUCCUCUUCCACCCCCCACAAUUAACCUUUCAUCUUGUUUCUCUCCUGGACUCAAGGUAAACUUUAGCUGACUUAUUUGUAUAAAAUGUUAUUUUGUCACAAGCAAUAGUAAUUAAAAAAUCCCAAAUUUACUCUU